CCCAGCUCAUCGUUUUUCUUUAUAAUCGACAGAAAACUCACUCAGUUGAAUGUAUAAACCAAACAAAGUCACACAUUGAUACAUUAAUGAAAUUUACAAAAUGAAGUACCUAUUCAUUUUCUUCACUGUGGCUGCUUUGAUUCAGGCAUCCCUGACAAAACCAAUUAAUAUUGCUACAAACUCUGAUCACAAAAGCAAUGCAACAAGUGAUGAAGAUGACCUAUUAAGUGAUGAAGAAUUAGAAGAUGAAGACGACAAUUUUGAUGAUGUAGAAGGAGAUAAUGAUGAUGAAGUUGCAGAUGAGGAGAAUGUCGACAAUGAUGACACAAAUGAAAAUGUUGAGCGGGAAGAUGAAGAUGAAGAUGAAGAUGAAGAAGACACAGCAGAAAAAGAAGAAGAUAACCUUAUCGAUGACGAAAAUGAUGAUGUGGAUGAUACAUUGGGUGAUGAUGAUGAACUUUCAAGCAAUGAAGGAGAGGAAGAGGAGUCGGAUAAUAUUGCAGACAGCAACAGCAAAAAAUCUCCAGCAAAGGAAGAAAUUGAAGAACAUGAAGAUGAUGACAGCGAAAGAGAAGAAUUGGCUGAUGACGAUGACGAAUUGGCUGAUAAUGACGAAAAUGAAGAAGAAUUAGCUGAUGAUGAUGAAGGAAAUGAAGAUUUGGCUGAUGAUGAAGAAAAUGAUGAAUUGGCUGAUGACGAUGAUGAAUUGGCUGAUAAUGAAGAAAACAAAGAAGAAUUAGCUGAUGAUGAUGAUGAUGAAGGAAAUGAAGAUUCGGCUGAUGAUGAAGAAAAUGAUGAAUUGGCUGAUGACGAUGACGAAUUGGCUGAUAAUGAAGAAAAUGAAGAAGAAUUAGCUGAUGAUGAUGAAGGAAAUGAAGAUUUGGCUGAUGAUGAUGAAGAAGGAAAUGAAGAUUUGGCUGAUGAUGAUGAAGGAAAUGAAGAUUUGGCUGAUGAUGAAGAAAAUGAUGAAUUGGCUGAUGACGAUGACGAAUUGGCUGAUGAUGAUGAUGAUGAUGAAAGAAAUGAAGAUUUGGCUGAUGACAAUGAAGAAAAUGAAGAUUUGGCUGAUGAAAAUGAAGAAGAAUUGGCUGAUAAUGAAGAGGAAGGACGCCAGAAUGAAGUAGAAGAAGGUGAUGAAGGAGAAGAUGAAGAAGAUGAAGGAGAAGCAGAGGAAGAAGAAGAGGGAGAAGAGGAUGAGGGCGAAGAGGGAGAAGGCAAUGAAGAAGUGGAAGUAAAGGGAAAAGAAAGCAAAGAAAGAGUAAAAGAACAAGAUGAGAAGGGAGAAGAAGAAGAAGAAGAAGAAGAAGAAGGAGAAGAAGAUGAAGAAGAUGAUGAUGAUAAUGACAGUGAUGAUGUGGAGGGAAAAGAAGGUGAAGUAGAAGAACAGGAUGUGGAGGCAGAAGAAGGAGAAGAUGAUGAUGAUUUGGAGGGAGAAAAAGGGGAGGAGAAAGUAGAAGGUCAAAACAAGGAGGCAGAAGAAGAUGAUGAUGGUGAUGAUGAUGAAGAAGAAGAAGGGAAUAAUGAUGAUGAGGUGGAGGGAAAAGUAAAAGAUGGAGAUAAAGUGAAACAGGAUAAUGACGAGGAUGAAGAUGGUGAUGAUACAGAAGAAGAUGGCAAUGAAGAAGAUGAUGAUGAGGAAGAAAGUGGUAACAAUGUAGAAGAGGAUGAUGCUGAGAAUGAAGAAGAUGAUGAGGAAGAAGAAGAUGAUGAGGAAGAAGAAGAAGAUGAUGAUGAAGAGUAGAUCAAAAUUACCAGCAAUCAAUUUAUUAAAAUACAGCCAGCGCAAAAAUAUCGGGUACCCUUUCUACAUGCCUAUCUACAUAUUUUCUAACAGUACAAAUAAUUUAUGAGUUGAAAAGAUGAAUUGGCAACCCUGAUCAAUCAGAUAACAACUUCAGCAUGCAUAAUAAUAUUCAAUAGGUACAUACAUAUGUAGGUACUAUCAAUUCAUGUUCACAGCACAAAAAUCCGCUGUGCUUUAUUUAUUAGAUACUAUACCUACUUACCUAGAUAAAUAACUCAGAAGGGUGUCUGAUACUUCUGUGCUUCCUGUACAUUAAUUCAGAUACUAUUCAAAUGUAUCACAUCCUACAUGAUUUUUAUGAGAUGAAAUAAAUCUCUCUUACCCCGA